AUGACGCUCUUUGACACCAUCAAGUCUCUCACUAUCUUCUUUGCACCCAUUCUUAUACCCCGUGCCAUAUCCCUAUACCGCUCCGUGCGACAAUCCAUCGCGCAACAACGACAUGUCCCUCCAAAGCCACUCCCCCCCAAGAGCUCCCGCGCGCUCAACAUCCUCUUCCUCUCCACCGCCCUCUUCCUGAUCCUCAGCCUGCCUAUCAACCCACAUGCUCCGGCGCCAAACAUCUUCGCCCUCACUUCCUCGCGCUUCUCAACACCCACAGACCUCAUCUUCAAGCGUCUCGCACGCCUCCGCCCCCUCACGGACACCGAAACCCUCCUUCGCGCGCAAUUCGUCCUUCCCCAAGCGCGCAAGAUCUACCUCCGCUUCGGACCCGAGACGCUUCUUUCCUGCCCCUUUUGCAGCCCCGCGAAUCCCAACUCAUACCUGAUCUAUUACAUCCCCUUCAACAUCCUCCUCCCGCACCUCUUCCACCUCCUGGUCAUCGGGAUCGUCACGUCCGCACCCGUCGUCGGCACCGCGACGGCCCGGUGGCGGAGCAUGUUCUUCUGGACCGCGUUCAUCUUGUUCCUCGCCGAACUGAGCUUCGUGGCCGCGUACGAUCCGUACGCGACGGGAGCGCUCAACAUGGUCGCGAUCCCGACCAGUUUCUACACCCGUCUCUACACGGUGCGAACGCUUGUAUUCACGGUUUUUGACGGACUGUGCGCGGCGCUCAUCUACCUCUCCGGAACGAACCGGUUCUUCCUCGGGGCCAUGGCACCCUCGCCGUCGGCGGACGAGCAGAUUGACGAGUUUGCUGAGGCGGUGGGGACGAGUCUGGCGAGCGCCAUUGGGAAGCUGCAUGCGUUGGGAUUGGUGAAGAAUGCGAUUAUGCGUGACCCCGUGUUGAAGGGGAAGGACGAUGCAAGGUGGGCGGAAAUCAUUGCGAGGAGUGGGGGGAUGGUAGGCGAGGACGGCACGAGUAUAUUGGAUGACGAGGAGGUCGCGCAAGCGGUUUCAAGAGUUACCAAACGUGCGCAGAAUGCAGGGCAUGGCGGUAACGAAGCUGGCCUUUCGAAAGAGGGAUUAGACAAAGCCACCAAGUUCAUCGAGGGUGUGACAGCUGGACUGGAACUCGAGAGCUAG